AUGAGUUAUAUCCACCCCUCAUGGAACUAUCCCGCCCACUCGGGGAUCCCAAUGGACCACAACAUGGCCUACGACCCUUCUAUGAUGCCCCCGCCGAUGAUGCAUCCCAUCGAUGGCUACCUCUACCCUCAUCCGCCUAUGGAGAUGAUCGAUUACUAUCACCAGCCCAUCAUGGACUAUGACGAAUACACAGAGAAUCUCUCACGCCCGCGUUUGACCAAGGAGCAGGUCGAGACCCUUGAGGCUCAAUUCCAGGCUCACCCCAAACCGAGCAGCAAUGUGAAGCGUCAAUUGGCUGCUCAAACUAAUCUGAGCCUGCCACGCGUGGCUAAUUGGUUCCAAAAUCGACGCGCCAAGGCCAAGCAGCAGAAGCGCCAGGAGGAAUUCGAGAAGAUGCAAAAGGCCAAGGCCGAGGCCGAGGAGGCCGCCCGCCGAAAGUCCGAGACCUUGGAUCAACAUCUGUCUGAGUCGCGACAGUCGUCCUCCGCCCCGAAGGAAGAGUCCGAGCAGCCUCCCACCCCAAAACAAUCCUCUGCUACCCCCACCCCUACCCCCGAGAACGUCACACACUCCGAUUCCCCGUCCAAGGGGAAGCACCACAAGACGAAGAGCGAGUCAGCUCGCGAGGCGACGUUCGCAUCCCUGCAGCGGGCCCUCAAUGCAGCCUGUGCGGCGCGCACCCGUUUCUCCCGUAAAGGCUCCCGCAAGCCGGAUUCCGUGCCAGAGGAAGAGCCCAUCUCACCCACCACCAUGGCCCCGCCUGCCGCGGCCCCUCAGUCACACGAAAGCAAGAGGCAACCGAUCUACAACUCGGGGUACGCCGACUGGGCUGGCGUCAAGGAUGAACCUUCCUGGGAACAGUCCCAGCCUCAGCCCGAGACAUCCUCAUUCCACCCCGCCAACCAAUCCAUUCCUGAGGUGCCCACCUCUUCUCACUCUAUACAGCAAAAUGCAAACGCCUACUCGGGAGCCCAAUACCAGACCGAGGAGUGGACGGAAGCCCAUAAGGAGCACAUGUCCCCUCAAAACAUGGGAGCGGAUGCCGGCAUGGGCUACAACAUGCAAUACCCCAUGCAGGCACCCGAUAUCUCCGUUUCUCGACGGGAGUCGUCCGAUGCUUUGUCCACCACCCUGAACGGCAUUGGAAUCUGUACGUCUGAGUCGGGUAUGCCAGCGUUGAACAGAGCCGGUGGAUCGUCUUGGGAGAAGUCCGGUAAAGAACUCGAUCUCGCCGCGAGACGUAAACGCCCCCGCCCUGCUGCAAUUGGCACUUCCAACACCCGUUCGUUGGCCGCGUCGACUUCCAUGUCUUCCCUGUCGCCUACCAACCGGGUUCCAAGCUCCGGUGCCGGAAACUCGAUGAGACACUCCAAGUCGGCCCAGAGCCUCAACAACCGGUAUGCCGGUGUGCGGAAGGCCUCUGCUGCUCAGCGCUCCCCGUUGAAUUUCACUUUCGCCGAGUCCGGCUCCAUGAAGUCCAGCAAGGCCGAGAUGCUGCGGCCAUCCGUCUCAUCCACAAAUCUGGCUCCGCCAACCCCCUUGACACCUCAGGACUUCCAACACUUCAUGCCCGCCUCGCCGACUGAGAGUAACUACUGCCUUUCGGCUCACUCCACAACUCAAUUCUUCCCGACCUCUCAGCCCAUGCAAGUCAACAUCGCCUCUCCUCCUACUACCCCGCUGGACAUCUAUUCUCCUUUCACAUAUCAGAACGUUGCCCCGCCGAUGUCUGCCCCGGCCCAGGUCUCGACCUUCCCGGAGUACGUCAGCUGCGAUCCGGUCCCCAUGUCGGCUCGAAGCUGGGCAGACACGGGCUCGCUCUCUUCGCCGGAAUUCCAGAGCGGUCUGCAAGUACCACACUCCGCCACCGUGUCCCCCAUUGGUUACGAUGCGGCUGUUGAACACACUGGCCAGGCCUUUGGGAUGGAGCCUGUGUCCGGGUCACCGUCACUCAUCUAUUCGGUUGAAGACGUUAACCAGGCAGGGUCGAUGGAUGAGAGGAAACAAGCUGAGUUCAGGAUGCAUGACUUUGCCGAGCAGCAGCAUGAUGGCUACUCUGCGCAUCUGGCUUCGGUCCACAGGCCGAAGGCAUACACGUUUGCCAACAACACGACUCCGAUCAACUAUCCCUCCUAA